AUGGAUUGGUCGGCCUGGGACCGAAAGUCAGGAUCGUGCGAUAGAUGUAAGCCCUCAUUUACGUCUCUACCGACGGCUUCGCAGCAACGUGAAUGCCAGAUUCCUCAGGAGAGGCAAAAAAUGUCCGACAACGACUUGCUGAUCGCCCUCAAUGCUGUCCCGACGGUCCCUCGCGCGGUCGCCUGUCAGCUCGGUGCCGAACUCGAUCGCUGGCAAGGCCAGCGGGUCAACGACAAUCCCGCUGCACUCGCACACAGACUGGGGGUGCCAGCAGAACACUUCGCCCGAGUUCUCGCCCUGCGCCGCCGAGCUCCCCGGCUGGCCCGGCAGCAACACCAGCGAGCCGAGCAGCUCGGCGCCCGGCUGAUUACCAUCGCCGACACCGAUUACCCCGGUGCACUGCGUGACCUCACCUUGCCACCGCCGGUGCUCUACUGCCGGGGGGAGCUCAGCAAAGGUCCCGCGGUAGCGAUCGUCGGCUCGCGAAAGAUGAACGCCUACGGCAAAGAGGUAGCGAGCCGAUUUGCCCGUGAGCUGGCUGAAGCCGGAUUGACCAUCGUCUCGGGCUUCGCGCGAGGGGUUGACACCGCCGCCCAUCGUGGCGCCCUCGAGUCCGGUGGCUACACCCUGGCGGUGCUCGGCUGCGGGCUCGACAUCGACUAUCCCCGCGGUCAGACCGAUUUGGCUCUCGACAUCAGCCGCAGUGGUGCUUGUUUGAGCGAGUUCCCCUUCGGCUGCGAGCCCCGUGGCUGGCACUUCCCGGUGCGCAACCGACUGAUCGCCGCGCUGGCCCGCGGCACUUUGGUGGUACAGGCGGCAGUCCGAUCGGGCUCGCUCAACACCGCCCAUCACGCGCUGGAACUCGGCCGCGAAGUCUACGCCGUGCCAGGUCGUAUCGACGACCCGCUUGCCGGCGGCACCAACGGCCUAUUGGCCGACGGCGCCCUGGUGGCCCGCUCGCCGCGCGAUGUGCUCGAAUGCUUGGCGCUAGAGCAGCUUCGGCUGCCGACCGCACCGGCAAUGGCCCCCAAAGCGCCAGACCGACCGCUGCCCGAGGGAGUGCCUGGCAAGCUGGUGAAAGCCCUGCCACCCGGCGACGAAGCCACCGCCGAAGAGCUGGCCGAACGCCUCGGCCUGCCCAUCGAUCAGACCCUCGGCCUGCUGCUCGAGCUCGAGCUCGGCGGCUGGAUCAACCGCCGCCCGGGACCGGUCUAUAGCCGUUGA